AUGCGAGAGCCAGAGUCUGCGAGUAGGGUCCUUGAUCAUGAGGUCUUACUCAUAGACGCAGAGAAGCUCGGAAGGCAGCGACCGGCCGUGUUUACGACUUUUUGGCACGAGUUGGGCUUUGUCGUUUCGCUUCUUGGUUCCAUGGCCAUGUCUGAAUUCUUCAUUUCGGGAUUCCACAUUGUCCUGCCUCUGCUCGCCGUCGAACUCGACAUACCCCCCGCGUCUCAAACAUGGCCGUCCAGCGUCUUCACUCUCGCCUCCGCAACAUGCCUCUUACCGCUCGGCCGACUCAGCGACAUGUACGGCGCCUUUGUCAUCUUCAACAGCGGCCUCGUCUGGGUCACCGUCUGGUGUCUCGCCGCGGGCUUUGGCCAAAACUUUGUCACGCUCGUCGUGUGUCGCGCCAUGACGGGCAUCGGGGCGGCCGCCUUUCUGCCGGCCGGCAUCACGCUCAUUGGCAAGACGUACCGGCCGGGCCCGCGCAAAAACUUUGUGUUUGCCAUUUAUGGCGCCUUUGCACCGCUUGGGUUCUUUAUUGGCAUACUGAUUGGAGGCGUCACUGGCCAAGUCUUGUCCUGGAGAUGGUACUUUUGGAUUGGGGCGAUGAUGCUUGGUGUUAUUUGCCUCGCUGGCGUCUUUUGUGUUCCGCGGGACCUGCGUGCGCGGGCUCCUGACGGGCUCUCAAUGGACUGGUUAGGGGCAGUCACCAUUGUACCGGGUCUUAUUCUACUCGUCUUCUCCGUCACUGAGAGCUCAGAGGCGCCGAAUGGCUGGGCGAGUCCACAAAUUAUUGCAACCAUUGUCGCGGGCGUAUGCUUCCUGGCAGUGUCUGUAUAUGUCGAGGGCUGGGUCGCCAAGAACCCAUUGGUCCCGUCUGACCUCUUCUCGCCGCCGGGUAUGAAGCUUCUCGUCGUCGGUCUAUUCUUUGCAUACGGGACAUUUGGAAUAUUCCUCUUCUACAGCAGCUUCUACCUUGAGCUGGUUCUGGAAAAGAGUCCCUUGCAAACUGCAGUCUGGUACAUUCCCAUGAUUGUAUGCGGCCUCGUUCUUGGGGCUGUCGGCGGGUUGACUCUCCACCUCCUCCCUGGUCGUAUUCUGUUGAUAAUAUCGGGUAUUGGCUUCUUGAUAUGCUGCCUUCUUUUCGGCCUCAUGCCAGAAGAUCCAAAUUAUUGGGCUUGGGUGAUGCCAGCGAUGCUUGCGUCGUCUGUCGGCAUUGACAUCACAUUCACCGUCAGCAACAUCUUCAUCACAACAAAUUUACCUGCGCGGCGGCAAGGGCUGGCAGGGGCGCUGAUCAACAGCACCCUGUUCUUGGGCAUCAGCGUCUUUCUGGGCUUCGGCAAUGUGGCUGUCGCGCACACCUCGCAUCUGCCUUUGAAGGAGAAUUACCAGGUCGCUUUCUUGCUUGCUGUGGGUCUGGCGGGAGUGGCACUAGCAAUGUUUGCGUUUGUUGAUUUGGGGUCAGCCAAGAGUGAGUUGACGCUCGACGAGCGGGAACAGAUGGAAGCCGAGACUCGUCAGGAUGAGUGGGCUAGCUAUUAA